AUUUAACAUUGAAUGACACGUCAAUUAUGUCUAUUUCCGGUUGGACAUAAACAUUUGUUGUGUCGUUGGAACUGCACGCACAUUUGAUAAAGAUGAAGAAAGUUUUAGGACUAUUAAUUAUUGGUAUAUCAUUGUAUGGUAUUGUCUGUCCGCCUGUCAAACCUGAUGCACAGCCAGAAGAAGGAGGCUCUGACACUCAAGAUGAGCUUCCAGUAUUAGAAACUGACAUGGAAGAGGACACUGGCUUAGAAUAUGACCGGUACCUGAAGGAGGUAGUGAUGGCUCUGGAAGAAGAUCCAGACUUUAGAAAGAAAUUAGAAGAAACAAAUGCAACAGAUAUAAAGAAUGGAAAAAUAUCAAUGCAUCUAGAGAUGGUAGCUCAUGGCAUUAGAGAAAGAUUGGAUGAAAUUAAAAGACGUGAAGUCGACAGAUUAAGAAUUUUAGCGAGAGAAAAAAUGAAAACAAUGAAUGGUAUGGAUGUCUUUCAUUACAUAUCGAUUCAUGGAGGUAUACAGAAAAUUGAUGAGAGAAUAUUGCACCAUUUGGAUGUAAAAAAUCCACACAGUUUUGAGGCUAAAGAUUUGGAAAAGCUUAUCGUUAAGGCUACAACAGAUUUAGAUGAAUUAGACAAAAAACGUAAAGAAGAGUUCAAGGAAUAUGAAAUGCAAAAGGAACAUGAAAGAAAAGAUUAUUUGAAGACUUUACCAGAGGAAGAAAAGAAAAAAGCAGAAGAAAAACAUGUAGAAAUGGAGAAAAAGCAUCAAGACCAUCCUAAACUUCAUCACCCUGGAAGUAAAGACCAACUAGAGGAAGUAUGGGAGAAAAAAGAUCAUUUAGACCCAAAUGACUUUGAACCCAAAACAUUCUUCCAGAUGCACGAUAUAAAUGGAGAUGGAUUCUUAGACGAGGAAGAAGUAGAAGCAUUAUUUCAGAAAGAGCUUGAUCAAGUAUAUGAUCCAAAUGCACCAGAAGAUGACAUGAAUGAGAGAUACGAGGAGAUGAACCGUAUGAGGGAACAUGUUAUGAACGAGUUGGACAAAGACAAGGAUAAGUUGGUCAGUAAGGAGGAGUUCUUACAAUACACAGCCAGUAAUGACUUUAACAAGGAUGAGCCUUGGGAUACUAUUGAUCAGAACAAAGAAUAUACAGAUGAGGAAUAUCAACAAUAUGAAAAAAUGUUGAUGGAAGAAGAAAUGAAGCGACGACAACAAGGAUCAUUUGAUUCUCAUGCUCAACCAGGAAUGGUUAUGCAGCCACCACAUGAUCAAAAUGUAGAUCACAUGCAAAUGCAGCAACAGCAUCAUCAACAACAACAACAGCAGCAGGUACAUCCUAAUCCAGAUGCUGCGCUUCACUUCCAACAACAAGCUCAAAUGAACCAACAACAGAUGCACAACCAACAGCAAGGUCAAAUGAACCAACAGCAAAUGCACAACCAACAACAAAUGGCAGCACAGCAACAUCAACAGCAGAUGGCUGCACAACAGCAUCAGGAACAAAUGGCUGCACAACAUCAUCAGCAGCAGAUGAAUGCACAGCAACAAGCACAAAUGGGUGGGCAGCAACAAGGUGGGCAAUCUAACCAAUACCAACAAGGUAUGCCAGCUCAGCAACAACAACAGGUACCAGUUCAUCAACAACAACAGGUACCAGUUCAUCAACAGCAGCAACAGCAGGUACCAGUUCAUCAACAGCAACAGGUACCAGUUCAUCAACAGCAGCAACAGCAGGUACCAGUUCAACAACAACAACAUCAACAGGUUCCAGUACAAAAUGUAGGCCAACAACAUGCACAAAAUAUUCAGCCAGUAGUUGGUCAAGAUCAGCCUGGAGCAGUACCAGUCCAUCAAGGUCAAGGUCAACAACCUGGAGGACAUUAAAUGAAAGCCACGGACCACAGCAGUGCUCAACGGGGAAAUGGGUUAUACAAACUUCAUUGUGUUCAUUGACAUUGCUAAACAUGUUCUGAUAUUAAGUUGAAUACUGUAACUUUGUAAGUUGAUAUCUGUUUUGUUAGGACAAAUAAAUGUCGACUGACAGAAUUGCAAAACUUGACUAAAGUUCAAAGAAAAAUUGAGAUGAUUUUAAGGUGCUUGUCAUUUCAUAUUUUAUGUAUUCAUGAAAACAGACAAUGAUUUUGAAAUUUACAGUGCUUCGAUACCAGUAGAAAUACUGAUGGUUGAACAGCCAUUUUGAUCUAAACACUGUAUGAAAUGUUAAUGCAUUAAGAUAUAAAGAUUUGUUUUGUUAACUUCUUUCUGUUAAGACAUUUUAAGAAAUUUGACUUGUCGUCAAUUCAGGCAUGUGUCUCAUACGAACUAUAGACAUAAACAAAACUUAUCUCUUUGAGAAAAUUUUAAGACCAACAUUUUUUCUCACAUGUUUCUUAAAAUUUGGUCCCCCAUUUUAUUAGAUUCAGUUGAUUUGUGUUCUUGAGUGGGUACCAAUUUUUGUGGAUGUAGGAAAUAUGGUAUUUUCUUUGAUAUUUUAAUUCAUGGUUUUGCAAAAUUUUGCAUUCAAGACUAAAGAAAAUGUGUACUUCCUAGAACAUAUAAAUGUGUAGUUCACCUUUACUCUCAAAAUCCACAUCAAUUGGUAUCCAAAAAAUAAUGACAAAUUUGCAGCAGCCAGUUUUGACUAUAAAUUGUUCUAACUAUUUGUUUAGACAUUUAAAGAACUUGCAGUCAAUUUAGACGUGUGUCACAUACUAAGCGUAGACAUACACAGAUCUCUUUAUUUUCUAUUAGCACUUAGAAAAACAUUACUUAUUGGGUAUUUAUUAAACAUUCUCAAGCUCAUGCAUGCUUUAAAUCAUUGUGGCAUUUUAUUUACAUUAUGCUUUACUUGGAUAGUAGUGCUAUUUGUAUUUAUUUUAUUUAUCUUAUUUAUUUAAUCACACAAUUAAUGAUUGUAGUAUUGAAAAAAUUAUUUCCAAAACUUUUUAUUAAAGUAAAUAUAUAUUAUUUGCAAAGAAAUUGUACUAAUAUAAUGUUAUGGGUAACAAACCCAUUCCAGUAGGAUUUUAGAUUUUAAUUUUGAAAAAUAAGGGCAUGAAGUUCAAAUGAUCUUUUUGAUAUAAAAAAAAUCAUUGAAAUGUUCAUUACCUUGACGUUUUGUAUUAAUUUCAGUUUUACGUCUCUGUAUAAAUGUGUGAUAUAUUGCUGUAGAAUAUAUUUGCAAUUUUCAGGGAGAUUUUAAAAAUUUUGAAUAGAAUGUUGAUUAAAUUAAAAAGUUAUUGAGUAUUGAAUAUAUUAUACAUUGUGGAUUCAUUAUCAUUCAUGGUAUACCAAUUUUCAUUGAUUUUAUGGGUAAAGGGGAACCACUAAAUUUGAACAGAUUAUCUGUGUUCAUGACUGCAGACUUUGUUGAAACCAUAAAAUCAAGUUUCAUCGAAAAAAUCAAAUUUUUCAUCAAUCUGUGAAAAUUGGUAUCCAUGAAAUUGAAUGAAUCUACAGUAGUUGGUUUGAUUUAAUACAUUCUGAUUGAUAUACACAUCCUGAGUUAGUGCUUUUCUGAAAAGGCUAUUUAUGCUCAAAGGACUAUUUCUGGAUCUUCGGCAUUUGUUGUAAUACAAAUCUUAAAAUUCUUUUGAUGACACAAAAAAUGUCAAACAGAAAGUAAACGGGGCAUUAUCAGAUCCUUAAAGGAGAAGUGUUGACGCAAAAAUUAUAGUUCAAUCAGAAUGUAUUGAAUAUUUUAUCAGGCCAUUUUUUAAGAAAAUAUUUUUUGCUUGAUGUUGCCUAUAUAUGCCUUGAAUAGAGGGGUAGGAAGAAAUUAUGCAAAUUUCAUAAUUAAAAAUAAUUCCAAGUUGAAAUAAUAGCCUGUUUUAUGUUGUUUGCCUUCCUACCAAACUGUAUAAAAGUUGAAAUAAUAGUCUGUUAUAAGUAACAUGUUUUAGACAAUAAAGCUUAAGCAAAAAAAAAA